AAAGAGUCUAUGAUUGUGGCCUUAUUCGACGAAUUAUUAUUUUUCAGCCUCACAACCCGACCGUAUGUGCAAGAAGUACUAUAGUGCGUGUUUCAUAUUAAACACAACAUUGGACCCAUAUAACGGAGAGCAAUACCGCCAGCCAUGAUAGAUCAUAUCCCAGUCUCUGAAUACACUCCACAUAAACACAUACAACACUAUGUCGAAUUUCCCGCCUAUACUGGCAUGAACGAUAUGGCGCGCAUGAAUGCCAGGGGAGUUGAUUUGACUACUCGUGCUGAAGCAUUGGAACAGUGCAGUGCUAUCCGGCAUGGUAAAGAUGACAUAGAACAACGCAAUACACAAGAGGAUGCUAUCGGUGUUCAAGAUAGUGUCACAAUGCUGACGACGAAUGCUAGUGAGCAGAAGGAUGACUCGCAAAUUGCUGGCAGAAAGUGCCCAGAUAAGUCGGAAGAGCAGAUUGAGGAUGCGUUGGAUGUUGGGAUGUGUUCAGUAAGCAUGCCCAUUAAUAUGUAUGAGUUACCGGAGGCUGUGCGGAAACUUGAGCAUGAGCGGAUUGUGAUCAGGCGAAGAUCUUCGAUGCAGAUCAAAGAGUAUGCGACGAUGGUCACACUUGCGGCGCUAUACAGCUUGCUUGCGUGAGCGAUACGGAGUAUGAGUGCUAAGACGUAUGCACGUGUCUCAUGACUAAGUAGAAACAAUGAACGAACGGACCAUUCGAAACGCACAUGGUUGGCUCAAAGAAAAAUGAUACAGCGGUGGAAGCACAGGCUCCAUGAGCUGUGUAUGACGGCCAUACAAAGUUUGUUCUCUGGCGUAGCGACGUGCAAGCAGCGGCAAACAAGUGGAGCUUUCAAGGCCACGAAUGCACGUCGUUUCUUGAUGAGUAUUGCAGAACUCCACGAUCUUCUGGCGAACCAGAGUCAUUAGCAUCAACAGUGAGGCAUGGACAACACGAACUCCCCGUGUUGUGGGUCAAGCGUGGGUUUGUGGUGACAAAAACAUCCAUGUUGUGGCAAGUGUAACUGCCACUACCGACGUGAUACUGGGGAGUGCCAGAACCAGUCAAAUUUCGACAAGUCCGAACUCGAUUGCAUAGAAUCAAGACGGCCCAACUCAGACCACAAUCGUCCUAUUAGAUUUGGACUGCGAUAGUACGAAUGCUACAAGUAGAUUAAUGCCCAUCUAGUAUGUGCAAAUCUCCCUCGGGUCGCAUGUACAUGAAAAUUUGAAACUUGAGACUGAGAGGCAGAGAGUACGCUCUCAUUCAAUAUCGCAAUGACAAUUCCAAACAAAAGUGAUCAACAGAAUCAAGUUUUUAUGACAUCAGGGAAUUCGAUAUUAAAUACGGAUAUGAUUUCUGUCAAAAUACUCAUGGGUAUGCUGUUGUGACUCAUGGUAUGUACUGUCAGCUUCCAGCGAUUCAACACGGCUGUACAUGAGUAACCCAAUAUGGCAAAUGAAAAAUGUCUUUGAUUGCUUGGAAUGCAUACUAAACUGCAAGCAUUGGAUAGAAUCAAGUUUCCUUAGAUAUUUGCUACCAAUUUUUCUUGUCCACAAAUACCCUCAAUAAAUGCUGUACACUAUGUUUGCGAAAAUCGUAACGGUGUAUUACUCGG